UAAAGGCAAAGUGAAGGAAGAAACGAAGAGCUGAAAUUAGAGUAUGGGUAACAGUGGGUCUGAUUCCAGUGGGUGUUUCUUGGUGAAGAUUCCUUUCAUUAAGGUAGUUCCUGUUGUGUUACCUGGGAGUAAGGAAAAAAAUUUCCUUGAGAUACUGCAGGGGGGAGUACAUAGGGGAGCAAGAAACUGUACAAGUCGCAUAAAUGCCGGAGUGUUGACCUGUGCAAAUCACUUGUGCGUGAGUAUAUGCUGCUGGCUGAAAUGCAGAGUGGUAACAAUAUAUUGUGAAGUUUAGUUAAAGGUGUUUUGUAGGAAGGUGCUCAGUUGCUGGUCCAUCCUUGUGUCCACUCUUGUUUGUGGUCUUGAUAAGAGUUUUCUUUCCUACAGUCUUGUGCAGCAGAGGUGUUACACUUGAGACAGUGUCUCAGUUUUAACUUACUUAAUUGCAGGGAAGAUGAAAAGGAAGGUUGCUUUUGGAGUGAAAGAAGGUGUUGAAAACUUUUUGAUCUGAUGGGUCUAUCUGGAAAUGUUUUGAAAACUCCCACCUAUUGAUGCCUCUUCACCACUCUCAACAGUUACUUAACCUGUGGGAGCAAAUGAGAAUCUUUUUAAGGUUUUCACCCAAGCAUGUGGGUUUGCAAUUCCAUGUAUCUAUUGAAAGUGAACUAUUGCUGAAGCCUUGCAUCCUCAUCCACUUGUCCAUAACUUCACAGAAGGGCUAUUGUUCUAACAAGUGGAAUAAGCAAUAAAGUGUGCAUGGGUAUUAGAAAAAACUCACUUGCAAUAAUAUAUUUAAAGCUGUCCUUUUGGUAGAAAUGAUGGUUUUUACAAAGGGAGGAAGGGCAUCCUUUUCUCUCUCGGAGGAGUUGUGUUUCAUCAGAGGCAGCUGCUCAAACCAGGAAGCACUAGCACUCAGGAAGCAUUCGUGUCAUUAGUAGUGGGGCUGUAAGGUGCUGAACUAUCUCCAGGCAGGCUUUACCUGCUGUUGUGAUAGGAAAAAACCUGCUGUGGCAUAGUUCUGCUUUAUUUAAAGUCUUUUAGGUUAUCUAAACUUUUGUGUGAAGUCGAUGGCUGUUGUGAAGGAUUGAUGCAGUCAGCGACAAACCAAAUGGCAAGGGAGCUUUUGCAUUUGUCUUAUUGAGAGUCCUUUAUUACAAGCCAGAGCUAAAAGAUAGCAUUGGGCUCAUUUUGAUUUUGAGGUACUUCCAAGUGGUGUUUGUGAGGAUGGCUUUUUAAAUGUAUAUUUAAAAAAAAAACCACCUUCAAAGGAUUGUUUUUGUUUCAGACUUUUGUAAGAGGGAAGCCUGGAUAGGUCAAGGCAGGUGGCAAAGACAGAAGGCUCUGCUUUUAAUUUCCCUCUUUUUUUUUCCUGGGGACCUAUCUGAGUGAAGUGCCAGAAGUCUGGCUCUAACCUUCAAGUUCAGCCAAUAAGCUGUUGCUUCUUGGACUCCCCAAAUAGAUUUGCUAUAUAAAGCAUUAUCUUCCCAAAAUGUCCAUCUUUGUAUGUUAAUUUCUCAUUCCACUGAAUCUUCUGGAGUUUCUUUUUGUUGGUUGUUCAGGCAGAGGAACCAGAAUAUGACUGAUUAUUCGAACUGCUGUUGUCAAAAACUCAGGGAGGAGAGACAUUUCCUUUUUAUGAGUUGUUUUUAACAAAAAUGCUUCAGUUCACCACUGCAGUUCCAGUCCAGAAUCCUCAAAACUCUCUUUUUGAUUCCUUUGUGAAAUUAGUAUAAUUAGGCAGCAUAAUAUCUUUAGGGGUCUGCAAAAUGUCUAGUUAGGCCAUGGUACUGAGAGGCAAAUCCCUGAAGGUUCUCUUUCAUACUUCAGCAAUACAGAAAAUAGGGAGAUGUUUGUUUUCUAUCAAUAUUAAUGCAGGUACAGUCUAAGUUGAUCUCAGCUUACCCUGGAGGAGUCUCAUCACCUCUUUUUUUUUUUCUUUUGAGGUCAUGAAACGCGUACGCACAGAACAGAUUCAGAUGGCAGUGUCCUGCUACCUCAAGCGCCGUCAGUAUGUGGACUCAGAAGGUCCCUUAAAACAAGGGCUGAGGCUGUGUCAGACUGCUGAAGAGAUGGCAGCUAAUCUCACAGUCCAAUCUGAGUCUGGUUGUGCCAACGUCGUGUCUGCAGCUCCCUGCCUGGCGGAGCCACAGCAAUAUGAAGUACAGUUUGGACGAUUACGCAAUUUUCUGACAGAUUCAGAUUCUCAGCACAGCCAUGAAGUGAUGCCUCUUCUAUAUCCCCUCUUCGUCUACCUCCAUCUGAACAUGGUCCAGAAUGGCCUAAAAAGCACAGUGGACAGUUUUUACAGCCGCUUCCAUGGCAUGUUCUUGCAGAAUGCCAGCCAGAAGGAUAUCAUUGAACAGUUGCAGACUACCAUGACUAUUCAAGAUAUCCUGUCCAACUUGAAGCUCCGGGCUUUUCUGGACAACAAGUAUGUCAUCCGCCUUCAAGAGGACAGCUACAACUACCUUCUUCGCUACCUCCAAAGUGACAACAACAACGCCCUGUGCAAAGUCCUGACCUUGCACAUUCACCUGGAUGUGCAGCCUGCCAAGAGGACUGACUACCAGCUCUAUGCCGGUGGGAGCUCCUCACGCAGCGAGAGCAAUGGCCUGGAACCCAGUGAUGUGCCAGCUUCUAUUCUGCAGAAUGAGGCAGCGCUGGAUUUACUGCAGGACAGCAUUAAACGUGUCAAGGACGGGCCCCCUUCCUUAACCACCAUCUGUUUCUAUGCCUUCUAUAACACGGAGCAGUUGCUGAACACUGCAGAGAUUUCACCAAACAGCAAGCUGCUCGCUGCUGGGUUCGAUAAUUCAUGUGUGAAGCUGUGGAGCCUGCGCUCCAGGAAGUUGAAAUCUGAGCCCCACCUUGUUGAUGUGUCCCGCAUCCGUUUGGCUUGUGACAUCCUGGAUGAGGAGGAAGAGGAUGACAAUGCAGGCACAGAAAUGAAGAUCCUGAGAGGACACUGUGGACCUGUGUAUAGCACGAGGUUCCUUUCAGACAGUUCAGGACUCUUGUCUUGUUCUGAGGACAUGUCCAUCAGAUACUGGGACCUCGGAAGUUUUACAAACACUGUGUUGUACCAAGGACAUGCCUAUCCUGUCUGGGAUUUGGAUAUUAGCCCCUGCAGCCUAUACUUCGCCAGCGGCUCCCACGAUCGCACUGCAAGGCUCUGGUCAUUUGAUCGGACGUACCCACUGCGAAUAUACGCGGGCCACUUGGCGGACGUGGAUUGCAUUAAGUUCCACCCCAAUUCCAACUACUUAGCGACGGGCUCCACGGACAAAACCGUGCGCCUGUGGAGCACUCAGCAGGGCAACUCGGUGCGGCUUUUCACCGGGCACCGGGGCCCUGUGCUGGCGCUCGCGUUUUCCCCCAACGGUAAGUACCUGGCAUCGGCAGGUGAAGACCAGCGGCUGAAGCUGUGGGACUUGGCAUCAGGAACUCUUUACAAAGAACUGAGGGGGCACACAGACAACAUAACCAGCCUUACUUUUAGCCCUGACAGUAGUUUGAUUGCUUCAGCGUCGAUGGACAAUUCAGUUCGGGUGUGGGACAUUCGGAACACUUACUGCAACGCCCCUGCGGAUGGGUCUUCCAGUGAACUGGUUGGUGUAUAUACCGGACAGAUGAAUAAUGUACUGAGCGUACAGUUUAUGGCCUGUAAUCUUCUUCUAGUUACUGGAAUUGCACAAGAAAAUCAGGAACAUUAAUUUUGCUUUUUGUCUUAGGAAGUGGGUGGGUGUCUUGAAUGCCAGAGUCUAUUGCAGGCUGAGAUUACUGACUGCGAAACACUUCUCUUCCUCUGCCCCCUUGAAAGGCAUGUUCAGAGUGAUGCAAAUGCUUUAAGAUGACACAAAAAUGCUUGUGCUGUUGAACAGAAUAAGGGAAAAAAAAGGAGGAUUGAUGAAAAUACAUAUGCAUUCUAAUUUUGUACUUGUAGGAAUGGGAAAAAGGGGAAUAAAUCCAGUAGCUUGGGGAAACUGAAAGCCUGGCCCAGACAAGUGAAACUGCCAACCAGAUAAGCUGGUGACCUGCACUUAAAUAUCCUUCAUUGAUUGAUGGGCACAUCUUACCUACUGUUAAUUCGGCUUGAGUAUGUGGAGAACUACUGGCCCGGUGGUUUUUGUUUUGUUUUGCUUUUGCUUUCCUGGUAUUGCAGAGGACCAGCAUUUUUAAGACUCUUCUAUUAAAAGAACAUUAUGCAUUUUCUACAGUGAUAGUGGUCCUAAAUAUUUCAGCUCCCAAUAGAACUUCUGGGAUAUUUUGGACUAAACAAGUAGAAAAUACCCUUGUUCUCUUUUUAGUAAGGGCAAGGAAAUCUGACCUCAGUUGGGGCCCAUCUCUGCAUUGUUGUUUGGAUUUGGUUCCUGGUACUAGCUGUGAUUAUGUGUAUUUAUGUUCCAUUAAUUAGGAAAUUUUGUGACUCGGGUUGCACUGUGUUUUGAGGAUGAGAGGACAGUGGAAACAGAGUGGUGGCUUUAAGGAUAAUGAGCAACUUGCCUUGUCUGUAGGGAGAAUGGAAAUGGCCAAGUUUGGACUCCUAAUGUGAACAGAGCAUGGCAACCCACCACUGCACCUCACAGAAAGAUUUCCAUAAAUGGAAGUUGGAAGUCUAAGGAGAGGGGGAUGAGGAGAAACACACAAAGUGACAUGGGAAAAAAUAGUAUUACUAAAUUAUUGUGUGUACACAGAGGCAGCUCUGCCAGUGUUGGAUUUUUCUCAAAUGUUGCAAUACCAGUUUCAUGAACACUUUGUGAGAUAAAUCAUCAGCAUUUACAAGGAUCUGCAGAAAAAGCACGUUCUAGUUUGUCAUUCUGAGAGAUUAAAUAUUUCUGCUUUCUGGAAAGAGUUAUUUUGUAUUUUGUUUUCUAUUAAAAGCAUUUAGUUUAAAAAUAAAAAUAAAAAUUGUUUGGUCCCUUU